UCAAAGGUCUGUAUAUAUUCUGCUCUCAGACUGUUUACAACAAGUCGUCAAUACAUCGUGCAACAGAACACCUUUACCCUCUUGUCUCACAAACCGGUUCCAGAGAAUGAACUCCUUCAUCCAUGUCUUGUGUUGUGUGUUUGCAGAGUUGAGCAUCGCGGCAGGAGGAGGGACGUACGGGGCAGUUUGUUCUGUGAAACACGACUGUGUGAACGGAGGGACAUGCGACCCCGACGCUAGCGGUACUAAUGGAGCCUGUACAUGCCCAACAGGAUACGGCGGUGGCAGAUGUCAGAUAGAAUGCUCCACAAACGCAGACUGCCUGAACGGGGGCACAUGUGCACUCUCUGUCUGCACAUGCGCAGCAGGAUACACAGGAGGAAAGUGUGGGACCGUAGCGCCCCCAUCGGCCGUUGUUGGCGACAUCUGCUCCUCGGGGCAUCCCUGCAGCAACGGAGGAACCUGCGACACCACAGCUUCUGGAGGGGUAGGGGCGUGCACCUGUCCGUCCGGGUAUGCAGGAAAGAGAUGCCAAGCAGCCUGCAGCACAAACGGAGACUGCAUGAACGGGGGCACAUGUGCACUCUCUGUCUGCACAUGCGCAGCAGGAUACACAGGAGGAAAGUGUGAAACUAAAUCCGGUGCUGGUCAGGUAGCAUUCCUUCCAGUGGCUCUGUUGGUGUUUGUGUCUGUGCUGCACGUCAUCUGAAUCUUCCCAUCACAGAUGAACCUCAACUUGUACCUCGACUUUUGCACUCAAGACUCCUCUUUUCCCCUUGGAGAAAUACUCUCGUAAAGUUACUUACAUUAACAUUUUACACUUAUAAUCUGGAUACAUAGCAUUGAGAUACGUGUAAUCCAGAUUAAACAGAUUCGGAUGACGCACAUGUGUUCAUAUUUUGGUAUCAGCAUGAUAAUAUUGCAAUUCCGUCUCGACCUUGGUCAGAAUAGGUCUCCAGUACUUUGUUGCUUGUAUGAUGACAAUGAAAAUGUUCGGACGGUUAGGUUCACUUGCUAGCAUACCCUGAUCCUGAAUCAGGACGAGUCUGGACGAUGUUGUGGCGUAAACAGUAAAUAAAUCAUAGUUCAACAAACACAUUAUAAGACAAAAUGGCUUACAGAUGAACAUCAACUUUACUCUAAAAUAGUUCCUUUGAAAUAUAUAUAGAUCACACCAGCAUAUUGUAGAAAUGUAUAAUAUACCAAAGUAAAAACCAGGAUUUAUUUACCGAAAUCUAAUAGGCUGAUGAAUAUUUGAAAGUUUUAAGAACGCUGCAUUCAUUAUUUCACUUACACAAUAAAUAUAUCAUAUAUAUAUCAACUUUUACUUCAGUUAUUGUGUCAAUCACUCCGUGAGUAUAUAUGUUCUCGUAUAUGUUGUAAGGUUCCAGAUAGACGUUUUAUUGAUGUAACAACAAUUAAUUGUUAGUUGACUAAUGUUUGUGUACUAUGUUGAAGGAAAAUACGAUCACAUGAUUUUUUUUAAUUACUCUGUCAGGGAAAACAUAAAAAGCUGUAUUGUAAAGUGUUGUGUUUUAUCCAUGCAUUUCUUCUGCAUCAGCACAUACAGGAUGAAGGUUUAAUCCGUACCUUCACUCAUAUUAAUACACAUAUGAAUAAGUUAUCUAUUUAUGUUGAUUUAUAUUCAGAGAGUGUCCUACCACUCGCUUAAAUUGUAAUCGUUUUCUACUUCAAUAAAAAAGUUCAUGACAUA